AUGCUCCUCUUGAGCUGGUCCGACCUAGAGAUCGUCCUCGAUCGGUACCCAUGGGCACGAGAACUCGCCGGAAUUAUCCCCCUCUCCGCCCUCAUCGACUUCGUCGACGUCCCCCGCCGAUUACACACAUACCAGCUCUCCGGUGCGACGCUCCUCUGGUGCUGGCCGGUAACCCCCUCAACAAGCCGUCUCCUCUUCUCGGAGAAGACCAAGGAUGCGACGUGCUGCCUCGACCGCUUCGGCCGCAGCCAGGGCUUGACGUGCCUCGACGGGCGGUACGGCAACAAAUACCUCAUGGCGAAUCCCGAGACCCUCCGCCUCUGCCUUUCGACGGCCCCGCGGACGGUUAUCCACAACACCCACGACAAUAUGAAGCGCGACAACGUCUGCAUCUAUACCCUUGAAGUGAUACAGGUCUUGCGGGCCGCGCUUUCGACGACCAGGAACAUGCUUCUCAAUAUGUACACUAUAUACACGUCGGCAGCGAUUGGGGCGGCGGCAAUCAAGGGGUGGGAUGCGUACGGCAUCGCGUUCUGGAUCGUGCUGUGCAUCGCGACUAACACGUACGUGUUUAACCCGGAGAACGGGGCCUCCGCGUGGAUGUGCAAGCACGCGAGGCUGAGGCUGGACAUGUUUGUGACGCAGGUCAGCUCGCGCCGGGCGCUGCUCAACGUCUUCAUGGCGCUUAACCGGGACACGUUCGACGUCGCCGGGAAGGGGUUCGGUCCUGGUUCGCUGAUGUGGAUCGAUCCCGUGCUCCACGCUGGGCCGAGCCGGAGCCGGUGCGAGGAGACGGUCGCGGCGGCGCAGACGGAGGACUGGAAGAGGAUGUAUGCCGACUACUGGGUGAGGGAGAUACUGAAGGGAGUGGAAAUAGCGGAGAAGAUUAUCGCCAAGGCGGGCCUCACGGGUCGUUUCGUCAAGCAGACCACAAGUGAGUGA